AUGAACCCCCCACCCAUACGUAUUUUGCGAAGACCUACUUCGCAAGUUAGCCAGUCAGCUGAAGGCAAUGCUCCGCCCCCUGUUCGUUCGAAAACAUUUAAACAAAGGGAAGCGGAUUACGCGGCUGCUCGUCGUCGAAUUAUGGGAUCCGAGUCAGAGGACUCUGUGAAGGUAUCUGAGGAUUUCACGAAUGACGGUAUCACACCAAGUAAGGGUGAUAAUAACGAAGGACCGGUCAAGCCUAACGACCAAGAAACUAAUCAGACUCUGAAUGACGUCACACCUCCGUCACAAUCCGCCUCCGCUGUCUCAACUAAGCCGUCCCAUCAACCCGCAGCCAUUCCCUUGAUGUCAAUUCCCACUGCAGCUUUGUCUAUUCCAUCUCAUCUUGAACGUGAGACCCAUAUCUACCAUCCUCUUAGUCAACCAAGGCAGCGUCAGAUACCGCUUUUAGGCGUGCCUACCCCCUCAUUUUCGCCGCACCAUCACGCCGAAACUCCCAUGCACGGAUUUGCUAAUCCGCCUAAAUUUCUCAACGGCUAUUUGUCUAGCCCCGCUGUCGAUAUUUUACACCAAAGGCCGUUGCCACCACCAAUACCGCAGCAGCAGAGUAAGACGAUGCCCAUGACUGAUCAAUUCCUGCGGCAAUACCAGAUUCUCGCCGCCUGGCACCUGCAGCCCCAAAACCAACUUCCACAACCGAUUAUGUACCAAAAUGGUGCCUGUAGCCAGGGACAGGCAGUUUUUAACGGCCUUCAAUAUUACCAGCCAUCGUCAAGACUCACCACUAGUUCCAAAAAAUCCUUGUCGUCCCUCUACACCGACGCAAUGCAUCAGCCAAUCACAUUCCACCUGCGCUCUCUAUGA